AACGUCGGCAGCUAUGGUUGCUAAGGCCGACACAAACUAGCAGCCUGUCAUUAACGGGCGUUUAAAAUACAUUAUUUUCUCACUGAAGUAUUUAAACAUGCCUGCAAAUUCGCUGGUCAUAGUGCGGUUCGGUCCGUAUGAGUCUUGUGGUAUCGUGGAGCACAGAACCUUCCGUUUAGAGGGUCUUCAAGCUGCUCUGCAAGAGGACGGGCAUCGAUGCGUCCUUAAAAAGAUUGCUGACUGGAACAAGGUGGAGCUUGUCGUAAACGGAGAGUGUAUUUUUCAAUGCAAUAUUAAAGAUCUUGACUUUGGAGGAGAUGGAAAACUAGACCCACUGUGCCAGGAGGCUAAAGAAGCUGUUAAAAAUGCUUACUGACCAGGCACUCGCCCCAUCCCCCUUUUGGUGUGGAUCAGUCCUAAACGUCCUCCAUUCCCUCUGCUUUGUAUGCACCUUGUCAAACAAUUUGGAAUGAAGACGCUUUUUCACAACACACCAAACAUUUUUAUGUCAUGUUUCUGAGGACUGGCUGCAUCCUGUUUCUUAAAUGUUUGCCAUUCAUGUUGACUUUUCAUUAACUCAGAUGUAUUUUGACUCAUUAACUCAAUUUCGGUUCUCAGAUGUAUUUCAGAAAAACAGUCUCACAAAAUGAAAAUGCUCACUUAGAAAGUGUAUAAACCACUUCCUUAGAACUCUCAGUCCUUCUAUAUUUUUUUAAAAAACAAGAUUUGAAAAAAGGUCAGCACGGUGAUCUGGUGGUUAGCUUUGUUGCCUCACAGCACUAGGGCUCAAGGUUUAAUUCUGGACCCUGAGUGCUACAGUAUCUGCGUGGGUUAGUAUGUUCUCCUCGUUUGUGUGGGUUUCCUCCAUGUGCUCUGGUUGUCUCCCACAAUCCAAAGACAAUCCUGGAGUGAGUGUGUGUGCGCCGCAAUGAACUGGCGUCCCAUCCAGGGAGUACCCUGCCUUGUGCCUGUUGCUUGGCAGGCUUUCUCAUAACCUGGAAGUGAAAGAAGCAGGUAGAAAAUGGAUGGAUUUGAAAGGCAUUAUGACCCAUGUUCAGCUCACAUUCAGCAUUUUGAGUACUGGUUUGUCAUUGUUACCAGGGCCCCAUUAAAUAAAAGUACAAUUUGUGUUAUUGCUUCUGCUUCCCAACAGCUGUUUUUGCGUUUUUCUAAAAGUUAUACCAGUUAUUUAAACAUUAUAGACAUUUUUGUGGGAUUUCAGUGAGCUACCAUAUACUGUACACUUGAAGGACACUAGACGUAAAAAAAAUGAAAGCUUAGUCUUUCCAUCUAAUUGUUUCCCAAACACAUCACCAUCCAAUUAUAUUAUUAUCUUUAUCUAAGGUUUUCAAUCUUAUUUUUAUGCAAAAUCAUAAUUGGCAUUCAAGAAUGUCUCACUGUGAAAGAAGAUAUUUAAUCUAUGCCAAGGUGAGUCUUGAAACUGAUUUCAAAAUUGUUGUAUUUGAAGUUUGCCUGACCUGACAUUUUCUUUUACAAAGGAUUGUUGGAAGCUGUAGCAUACUGUAGAUGUACUGUUGUUAUUCCACGCCUGUGACAUUUUAAGCAUUACAAAGAAAAAUACCAUUGUAAAGCUUCUUAACUGCUAUUCUUAAAGAAUUCUUUCAAUUAAAGAAGACUAAAGCUGUCUGUUUUCUUCA